CUUGAUCAUUAUACAAGAAUUCACAAAGCAAACCGCUCGCGUACUUUCUUUUAAAAUACUUUUUCAUGAUGUCAACCAUGCGUAUUUGGACAGCAAUUUUCAUCUUGAUUCGUUGGCCAUUAUUGUCUGCAGCCAGCAAUUCUACAAUUUCCGGAGCAACUGCAUCAACUCCAACCAGUUCAUCGACAUCAAAUAGUACUGUAACUGGUACCUCAAAUAGUACUGUAACUGCUAGUAUAUUUUCAUCAACUGUAUUCAACUCAGCAAUCACAAAAACAUCAAGUACAAUGUACUCUAAUUUAAAUUCAUUAAUGUCAAGCACCACUGGUACAACUUCAACAACUCGCUCCAAUAUAGUUACUCAAGCCACACCGUUACAACUUUUACUUUAUCUUCCUGGCCAACUUCAACAAUCACAAAUACAUCAAUGCCAGUCCCCCCCACUAAAGAAAAAAAGUUAACUACAGCCCAUAUUGCUGGUAUUGCUGUUGGUUCCUUUUUGGCAUUCGUUAUUAUUGUUGUCUUGAUCGUAGUAUUGUAUAAGGUCAUGUCAGGAAAGAAGAACACGUUGAUUGUUGAGCCAGUGGCCGAUAAAGUUGAAGAAAAUGUGACCUUGAAAACGAUAGAUGAGCAAGAGACAGGAACUGGACAAAGCAAAAAAGCAGAAUGACCUUUUAUGAUACGCAGUUUUUCAUUCAGUUAUUAUUUUAACGUUUAAGGGUGAUAUCUAUUGCUAAACAUGGUGUUUUUUUUCUUGUAUUUAAAAUAAAACUAAUGUGUCGCUCUAAAUAAAAAAAGUAGAAAUAGUUCAUCACCUUCUUUCAUAGCAUAUCUUUUGCCUUGUUGUAAAUAAAUGUAUGAGAAAAACAUGACCUCGCUCAAAAAUUGUAUUAUUUUGAGCAAGAAAUUUAGUUGACAUGACUGAGCGAAAAAAAUGAUGUGAUUACGUCUGGUAAUAUGUACCUCCAUUUGGCGUAUGGAAUCGUUUGAAGAACGGGGAUGUCUGAUAAGUCAACAACAGGUUACAUGGACGAGAAGCCAAAAACAGAAAAGUUGUUUUCUCUCAAAAAAUGGAAUGCAGUCGCAAUGUGGUCUUGGGAUGUCGAGUGUGAUACUUGUGCAAUUUGUAGAGUUCAAGUUAUGGAUGCCUGUCUUCGAUGUCAAGCUAAUUGUAAACAAGAUGAAUGUGUUGUUGUUUGGGGAGAAUGCAAUCACUCAUUUCAUAACUGCUGUAUGUCACUUUGGGUUGUUCAAAACAAUCGUUGUCCUUUGUGUCAAAAAGAAUGGGUUGUACAACGAAUUGGAAGGUGAAAUAUGACACAGUCUAUGCUCAAUCAAAAUUUUCUGUAAAUAGACAAAUAACUGUAUGAAUUGUAUUCACUUUCAAUGUGGAAAAUAUAUUAUGUUUGAGAAAAUAUGUUAACAUCUAAUUCCACAAAAAAUUGUGACACAUUAAAGAAUAAUUAUACACAUUACAUAAUAAAAUAACAUUUCUUGCCA